ACUGCCGGGUAUGCGUCGCUAUGCGUCCUCCUCGCUAGUUGCCCGGCCCGCAGCGGGCAUGGUGCAGCCGCCGCCCGGGCGGCAUGGCGACCUGGAAGCGGGACAGUCGGCUCACCGCUCUUCAGAGGCUCAGCUGCGCCGGGCUGGCCGGGGCGCUGAGCCACAGCCUGACGGCGCCUCUGGAAGUUUUCACCGUCCUGGCCCAAGUUGGCACUCGCCACUCGCGGCGAGGGCUCUGGGAGACGGGGCGCAGUUUAUGCAAGGCCGAAGGCAUUGGGGCCCUCUGGAAGGGCAACCUCACCGCCUGUUUGCGCCUCUUUCCCUACAGCGCCCUACAACUGGCCUCCUACCGCAGGUUUGUCUUGCUGUUUGUGGAUGAUUUGGGCCACAUCUCCCAGUGGGGUUCCAUCAUGGCGGGAAGUUUGGCUGGCAUGGUGGCUGCUGUUGCAACAUACCCAACUGAAGUCGUCAAAACCCGUCUCAUUGUACAGAACCGGUUGGAGCCCUCCUACAAAGGAAUUCUGCAUGCUUUGUACAUGAUUUAUCAUCAAGAAGGUGUCGCUGCACUUUACCGUGGUGUUUCACUGUCAGUAUUAGGUGCUAUCCCGUUUUCCAUUGGCUCUUUCCUCGUUUACACACAUCUGGAUAAAAUCUGGGGUCAGCCCAGCAUCCGCUUCACUCCUGUGCAGAACUUUGUGAAUGGUUGCCUGGCUGCUGGAGUUGCACAGUCACUUUCUUUCCCUUUUGAAACAGUCAAGAGGAAAAUGCAGGCUCAGAGUCCUUUCCUCCCACACCACGGAGGGGUUGAUGUCCAUUUUGAAGGCAUGGUGGACUGUUUUAAGCAAACGAUGAAGACAAAAGGGGUGCUCGCCCUUUGGAAUGGACUCACUGCUAACUUACUCAGGAUUGUUCCUUAUUUUGGAGUCAUGUUCAGCACUUUUGAAUUCUGUCGUCGCGUCUGCCUGUAUCGAAAUGGUUACAUUGAUUCCCCUCUGACCUACAAGCUAACUCCAGGUGUGGACCAGAGUUUAAAGCCUAAAGAACUGCAAGAAUUUAAAUUACUUGGAAGAAGACGCUUUUAAGCCUCAGGAUGCAUUUUCUGCAAAGCAAUACUAGGUCAACGCUGCAAAAUAAGACACUGGUUUACUACCAGCUAACUAGCCCUCAGUUUAAUAGCAUGUGACUUUUUCCUUAAAAUGCCUCUUAUUGAUAAAAUUAGGCCCAAACUACUGAA